AAACCCUACCUUUAAUUGGUCUCAGAUUCGAUGCUAUUUUGGCAUCUGAUAUCGGUUUCUCCCACCUUUAUCUCAGGUACGAAGUCUUAGGCGCUUAGGAAUUUUGAUUUCGGGGGGUGGAUGGAGUCGCUCAACACCAAACUGUACGAAAAAUACAAGAAAUUGAAGAAAAGGAAGUUCUUUGAGGAGGAGGGGUGGAACGAUACAAAAGAUGCUGAUCUGAGGAGUUAUCAAUCUGCUGUGGAGGACCUGAUUGAAGAAUUGAAGAAUACGAAUGAGCGGCUUCGUGCGAAAUUGUAUUCCAUUCAGGAGCAGUCUGCUGAAUGCGAGAAGUUACUGCUUGAAGAGAGCAAGAAAUCAGCCAAGGAGCUCUCAGAUGAAGUUGGAAGACUUCAGAAUCGUUUAGCGGAGCAGAACGACAUAAAUGACAAUUCAUUGUUGACAUCUCCUUGUCCAAUACCUGGAAUUAGUUUCACAGAGAUGCCUAAAAGUUCAUCAACACAGAAAACACCAUACUUAUGUGAGGAAAAUGGGACUCAAAAUCAAGAAGUAGUUUUCCUCACUGAUGAUAGCUAUAAAGUGGAGAACAAGGUGCCAGACUGCUGCAGAAAACACUUGGCCGGUUCAAGUGAUGCUUCAGAAGAUUUUAGCAAUUGUGUAUUCCAGACUCUUACAAAUUUUUUAGUCGGAAUGGAUUUCUCUGUCGAUAACCAAGCUGAAAGUCUAUGUCUUUUGGUUGUUCACAAAAGGAGUGGCUACAGUUUUAGCUUAACAUGGAUACAACAUGAAGGUGGAGAAGGCGAGUUGAUGUAUCAUGUUUCUUCGCUAGGGACACUAGAAAGGGUAGCUGUGGACUGGAUGAAGGACGACAUGAUGUUCAGCACAGCCAUGUGUCAUGUUUUCUUCGAGAGGGUAUCGCGAGUCGUCGGACGCUGUUGAUUGGAUACCGUCGAGCCUUGCAUCGGUAAAGAAAGCUUGUGUUCUAGCCACAUUCCCGGUCUGAUAGGGUUCCAAUCCAAGA